AUGAUUCAAUUCCAAAGUUUCUUAACUUUUUAUGCCCUUGCUAAAAAUUUAGCCGAAACAAGAUCAAAUGGUUCUUUAUACGUUGGAGAUCCUGUAUGCGAUGAUGUUGCUAAAAAGAUAAUUAGCCAAACAUUAGACACAACAUCAAUCUGCCUCAAUAAAUGUAAUGCAGAAGGAUUUUCGAAAAUAAUCGAAAUUUAUCCAAAAUCAGAAUUUGAAUUAGAUUGA